AUCGUGUAAAUAUCCCAAAUUUCAUCACACGUGACAGAACGGGAUUUUGUGUACCACCGAGAUAUUUACUUCCAAAUGGAAAGAAAAUACUGACGACGUUGAAUGAUUCUGUACACGACGAUCAUCCGUGGAAGAUUCGGUAUAAACAAAGUGUGUUUACAUUCGAGAAAAGAUGAGCAUUCGGAUCUAUGCGUUUCGCGAUCUUUGCUUCGCUUUUAGGAAAAGUAAGCUCACCAAGUUUGUCAUUAUUAUUUCGAUCACUAUUACUACUGCUAUUGUCGUUAUAAUUAUUAUCUCAAUUGCUGUUUAUUUUGGUGUUACCCUAUAUACUGGAAAAUCGCGCCGGCCAUUGCGCGCUCGUGUUUUGGUUCCAAAAAGAUGGCGGACUCUUGUUUUCAAGAUCGGUCGGACAGAAAUAUGAUAGCUUUGAAAUAACCAGCGACAGUUGACAUGUUGUGCGUGCAAUAAUACCGGGCGGAUGAAAUUGUCGUCGUGACGGAUUCACUGGCGGGAUUGGGGAAGUUUCCUCGAGGUUCAUAGGUGACGUAAAAGCGGUGUCCUCAACGUAUUGCGCGAGUUGCGAAUCGAGUGAUUUUUCCUGUAAUUUCUGUUGUUUUCUGUGCGAAACAACGUCUCGAAGAACUACAGAACAUUAACGUGGACAGGAAAUGUAAGAUGGUUUGAACCGAAUGAACGUUCACAAGGUUUAAUACCGACGAUCGACACAGCAGCGAUGCUUGGUUAGGUUGAUUGGCUUGGAUGGACAUACCUAUGAUACCAGAACAACGUUCUACGUGUUCCUCUCGGUGGUUCACGUUAAAACGUAACAUUGGAUCAGUUUUGUAAACGCCACUGUAAAUGAAUUACACGAAUCCAUAAUGGCAUCAGCCGAAUUUGAUGUAGAGCUCUUUGAGCGAAGGCUUCACACAUUAAAGGACUCGCAGGAGUCUAUACAAGGCCUCUCUGCUUGGUGUUUGGAGAGGAGACAGCACCACAAAAAGAUUGUUGCCACCUGGUUACAAGUUCUCAAAAAAGUAAAAGUUGAGCAUCGUCUUACGCUCUUUUAUCUGGCAAAUGAUGUCAUACAAUAUUCGAAGAGAAAGAAUUUUGAAUUUGUGGAAUCGUGGGGUACAACUCUGCAACGAGCGACAACUAUGGUUAGAGAUGAAAAAGUGAAACAUCGCAUAUUGAGGAUCUUUAAGAUUUGGGAUCAGAGACAAGUAUAUGAUGAAGAAUUCCUGGCAGAUCUGUCCGGAUUAAUUUCAGCAGCUCCAAAAAAGAAAUUAGAGCCUCAGCCAACAGCACCGCCUGAAGAAUUUCAAGCCGCUUUACUUAUCUCUACUAUGAGAUCAUGUGCCACGUUAGAACAAGCGACUGAUGCACGAUUAAGAGAUUUACGUGAAAGUAAUAUAGAUGUAGAGAAUGCAGAAGAACUGUGUGCUUCAUUAAAAGAUAGAAGAAGAGUUGAAGAUGCAGAAAAAGAAGUGGACCUGGCAGUUAGAAAUGUUGAAAACUAUGUACGCGCGUUGGAGGCAGAAAUUAGAGAAAGGACACAAGUACUUGAGCUAUUAGAACAAGCUGAUCAAUUUUAUGAAACUCAAAGAGGUGAAGUGAAAAUAGUUACUAAUGCAUACAGAAAUUUUGGUAGUCGUGUAAAGAAUUUGAAGAAGAAAUUAGAUGAACUUUUACCAACGUUAGUUUCACCAAUUCCAUCACCAGAUAUAAAUGCUCCAUCUCCAAGUCCUGAUAGUGAUAUAGAACUUCCAGGAGAAGAAAAUCAAUCUCAAAAUCAAUUAGGAAUUAUAGAUGUAGCACCGCCAUCUAUGUAUGGUUCAUAUUCUCAUGACUAUGAUCCGGUACCUGUACCAGCUCCAGAGAUGGGUCAAGGCAAUGAUUCUGGUGAUUUUACUAAUAAUUUUUCGUCUUUUAUGGGAGGAAACGUGGAUUUUGGUAAUAUGCGAAACAUAUUUAAUGAAAGGUCGUUAACGCCAACUGGAAUGUCACAGCAGUAUAAUGAAUCGAUAGAGGCUAAACCAAUAGAGGUGAUCAAUAUGAGGCCCUCCAAAAACGAAAGUAACAGCGCAGAUUUUAAUAUCUCUAGUUUUUUAAAGACUGUUCUUCCUUCUUCCGAUGGAUCGCAAGAUCCUGGUGGUAUUCCUGGUCUUGGUCUAGAUAUUCCAGAGUCGCGAGUGGAGUCUCCGCAGCGUUCGAAUUACAGACAUUCACCUGUACUAGGGCAGCAUUCAGUAACUCCCGUGAUUUCAAGAAUUAUGAGUAAUCAAAACACAUCUAUAGGUGUGAAUAAUUGUCCGAUAACACACAGUACUCCAUUACCUGUUCGGAAUUUGUCCGGCGAGUCGCAUACUCCUUCCCCGUAUUCCAGUCAAAACAGUCAGAGUAAUAUUGCACCAUUCGAUGGUCCGAGUAAUAAUAAUACUGUUAAUCCCUUACCACCUCCACCAUUACCUCCACCUAUUUUCCUCGACGAUGAAAAUUGUUACAAUAAGUUACCACCUAAAUUUCCAACGUGGACGCCUCCGAGUGAAACUAUGAAAGAACCAGCUAAAUGGGAAGAAAAGGGUUCUAUAACAUUUGCAGGAAAAAAUAGUAUGAAUCCAACCUGGCCUGGGGAAUGCGACGAGAAAACAAAAACGUGGAUGGAUGGUGACGUUGAUAGGUGGGAUUCUAUUAACGAUUCCACGUGGACUGGCAGUGGUAGAGGGAAGAAUGAAAUUCUAUCUGAAACACCAGAAUCACCACCUAUGUAUGAAAAAACUGGAUUUACAGAUCCAGUUGAAUACGAUGACUCUCAACCACAAGAAUCUCUUCUAAAUACCUCCGGAGAUGUAGAUCAUAGAGUAAUACCUAUCCCGAUGACAGUGGAGAAUCAAUUGCCAUAUCGUUUAAUGAAAGCAGCGGAUGUCGAUCACCGAAAUUUAAUUAGUUUAACAGGAAGUCCAGCGAAUCAUAAUGCCAAUGAUACUAUGAAUACGAUAACCAACAGUAACAACCUAUGGUCUACAGGUGAUCAAGAUUACCGGCAACAUAUGCAACCAGGCGAUAUCGUGGAAAGUGUCGAUAUGGAAAUGUCAGACGACGAGACUGAUAGUAAGCCAAAGGGGAGGGUAUUGGUUGAUGUACGAUCGCAAGAUAGAGACAUGAGAGUUGGUAAUCAAUCGGCGACUUCACAGCACAUGGACAUGGACAUGCGAAUGAUUCCACUUCCUGCCGGCCAAAUGCCAGGAUCGCAUGGACAAAUAAUACAAGACGUGCACAUGAUGCAUUCAGGACCUCCGCCACCUCCACCUCCACCACCGCAAUUCCAUCCAAGCCAACCGUCAUUUCAUCAAGAUCAAACAGAUUUUCGACACAAUCCCGCUGAAUUUCAUCCAACUCAAUCGAAUUUUCAUCAAAACAGGCCACCGCCGAACUUCAUCCAAAACCAGCAAGACUUCCAACAGGAAUUCCUUCAGCUACACCAAACGCAACCAGAAUUUCCAAAGCAAGAAUUCGAAUACCGUGAGAAUCAUACGUUACGACCUAAUCAAGAAUUCACCGGCGAGCCACAGAUGCGUGGCAGGUACUCUCAGUCCACGGAGCAUCAGCACAGAGACGUUGGUUUUCAUCGGAACGAUCGAGGAAGCCGAGGUAACCGCGGCUUCGCGAGGAACCGGCGAGAUAGAUACUCGGAUGACCAUAAACAGAGGAAUCUUCAAAACAAUCGUAAGUCUCGAUCGCAAGAACAUCAAAGAUCUUCACCCGAAAUUCUGCCAAACAGUCGUCCUCUGUUGGUGCCUGCGCCAGACACUGUCGUCAUUCUCGAUGAGGAGGGUAUGCCGAUAGGACUGUCUAACGAAAAGGAAGCGCCAACGAACGCGGAACAUCUUCCAGAUACUGAGCAAGAAGAGAACUGUCAGGAUCGUAGAUUAUCACAUGGUACGCCAAGCUCACGGAAUCUCGACCAACAGUCUGUAUAUUCAACUGGCUCGAAUCUUCACGAACACGAGUCCGAGCCUCCAAUUACGGAUCCAGACGAGCAACAAGCAAUGAAUCAAGUGACCGUUAUACCCAUGAUAACGGAUUCUAAGGAUUCGCAAUACGCUUCUGUCGGUGAAUACGAGCAACACGUUGAGUCUGAAGCCGUAAUGUCGGAGAAAACCUGUGACAGCAGCGAGUCGAUUGAAAACGCUGGCCAGGAAAUUAGUUUUACUGAGCAGACGCAACAGCCAGAUCAGUUGGACGACCUUGGCAAUUUAAUGUCAAGUAACGAAUUGAAGAGACCGUCAACGAAUGGCAGCUUCGAUGAGAAUGACGUUAGUUCUAGUAAAAGGAUCGCUUUGUCCAACGGGCCACCGACACCGACAGAAUCUGAUUCCGGUUUGAAUGGCCCGAUACCGCAGGUCUCGGCGGAGUCAUCGCAUUCAGGAAUGUAUGAUUUCGACGUUGGUCCGAAUUUCCGACCGCGUCUCGGUGGUCCAGUUCCAUUUCCUCCAUGGAGAGGAGGUCCACCGAGAGGCAGAGGUUUCAGAGGUGGUCCAAGAGCCCCUUGGAUGGACAGAGGGCCUCGCGGACCUGUGAUCGGCAACUUCAUGCCAAGGGGACUAAAACGCGGUGGACAAUUUAGGGGUAGUAGUUUCAGAGGUCGGGGACGUGGUAACAAUUGGUAAAAAAAUGUAUGAAUUCCCCUUAUUAAGAGGGAAAAGAGAAAACAAGAAAGAAAGAAAAAGAAAAAGAAAAGAAUUUCGCCGCAGUUUUUACCAAGGAAAAGAAGGGAAAGAUCGUUUUCAGAAAAUAAGAAGGAACGUUUUUUGUAUUCUGUACAUACGUAUUAAUUACUACAUGAAAGAGAAAACUCGUGGAAGCAUAACGAAGGGGGAUUUAUCGUUCGAGCGUGGAUCUUUGUAUCACAUAUUAGAUGCUCUCAUCAGGGAAUGGGAUUAAAAGCUGAUACGAUCCCAGCUAAACCGACUAAGUGGUUUUUCUUAUCGAAGAUUCACGCUUCUUUGUGUGAUUGAUCCGGCUAUAUACAUAUAUAAAUAAAAUUAUACAGAUACACAGAUAUAAAGGAUGUACAUGUACACGUAAAACACAUUCUCUCUCUAUCUCUAUCUCUAUCGCUCUAUCUCUUCGUCUUCUUUGAAAGAAACUCGAUUCAAUUCUCACAUAUGUAUAUGUAUUCAUGUAUUAUCGAAACGACACCUUCGACACAUCUUUGAUAUGGGUUUAUCUUAACAUUUUUCAAUGUGGUGGUGAUAUAAAUAUUGAUAGAAAGAAGGUUGAUUUAAUGAUAUAUCGUCUACGGUUGUCGCUUCGGUAAUGAUCAAUAUUUUACCUCCUAGGGUUUUAUGUAAGACAAAAGAAACUUCCGUUUUACGUACAUACGUGUUAUUACACAUGCAAGCACGGUGGAAAAGAAAGAAUAGUAUUUAUCUGCCAGAUUGGUUGAUCUGUGAAAUGGUUGGUUUUGCUUUUAUGUUGAUCAUUAAAAAAGGUGAAUGUGUUAUGUGUUGAAAAGAAAAAAAGUAAAAAAGAGAAAAAGGGAGCAGCUCUUGAGUAUUUAGAAUUUGUUUCACGGGUCGCUACUUUUUAUACACUUGCCUCUUAAUCGUAAUAAUUGCCUGUUUCUUUUCACUUGUCCACAUUUCUAAUCGUUUCGUUGGGGCUCGUUUAAACAGGCAUGUCAAUGAAUCUUCAAACUGUAUUAAUAAAAAUGCAAUGUUUACGUUCUCAUCCGCUUCGUACAUUUUCCCCAUUUUUUGUUCUUUUUUUACGAGUAUAUAUAGUGUAUGUAUAAUACAUGCGUUUAUUUCAUUUUUGCGAAGAAAGAAUUGAAUUGAAAGGGAAAAAAAAAAGAACGGAAGAAAUAUCAAACAUUAUACUGCGUUAUAUAUUGCAAUAAGUUACUGCGUUACAUCGUAGCAUCGAGAAACGCGAUGAGAAAUAAGAGCAGGUCGAUAUCGAGUACCUGUCUCCGAUAUAUUACUGUCAUUUUUCUUUUUUUUUCUUUUUUUUUUU